CUAGCGAGAUGAUAAUUCCAUGUGUUAGCAUUGUAGUGCCGUACAAAUUAAGAAUACCUGAGGUAAAACGAUCUUGCACAAGAAUACAAAAUUGCCCUUUAUUCUCAUCUUCAUAGAUUGGUUAUAAGAUGCUGGGCCUUACCCUACGCGUGGGGUUUUGCUCCUUUGAUUUGUCUUUCAAACUCUACCUUCAUGUGCCAUUUCAGAAGCAGCAGACUGUUCAGGCCCCAGCCACUAGGAUGAACCUCCGUAGCUACAGGAACGUACCUCUUGUGCCCAUGGAGACCUCGUCCUCCGAUGACAGCUGUGACAGUUUUGGUUCUGAUGGCUUUGCGAAUACGAAAAAGAUCUUAAAGCCAACCAGAGUCUCACCGCGGAGGGCUAAGACAUCCGAGGUGACGUCUGAGGAAGAUACAUGCAGUAGCUUUGAAGACAAGAACUUCAAUGAAGAGAUGAGCACAAUGAAUGUGGACUCUGACGGUGACUUGGAAGAGCCAGAGCCAGAGCCUCAGCCUGGGAGAAGAACACGCCGUACCCACACGCUGAAAGUGGCCCUGAAGUUCCCCCCAAAGAAGAGCGCUCAGAAGCGGCUCGCAUCCAAGCCCAGCCUGCCUGCUAAAGAAAGUGACUCCGACGUUGAGGAAGGAGGACAUUUCUUGAGCAAGAGGGAUCUCAACAUCAAGGAAAACAAAGCCAUGCUUGCCAAAUUAAUGGCCGAGAUCAACAAAGUUCCUGGGUUGUUUCCCAAAAGACUGUCCCUUCCCAUGGCCAAUACGCCUCGACGUGUCCCACGCCAAUCUUUGGGGACCCCGACCAGGAGGAACCCCGAGCGGACUUCACGGAUCCACACACGCUCCCGAACACAGGUGGAUGGCCCCCCCAGCCCUCUGUCUGACGAUGACCCCGAGGACAAGUUCAGCCUGGUGCGCAAGAGUCGCUUUUAUGAAGAGGUGGAAGAGCCGAGGGAGCCACGUAGGAGAAGCUACAAUGGAGUCAUGGCCAUCCCACACGUGGUUCGAUCUGUGGAGGAGGUCACGGAGAACGAGCUGGACAACAUCUGCACUAACGUUCGUGAGAAGGUCUACAGCAGCUCCAUGGGAUCCACUUGCCACCAGUGUCGGCAGAAAACUACUGACACCAAGACCAGCUGCCACAACCCUGAGUGUGUGGGUGUGAGGGGUCAGUUCUGUGGGCCUUGUCUCCGGAACCGCUACGGGGAGGAAGUCCGCAGCGCUCUGCUGGAUCCAGAGUGGCUGUGCCCACCGUGCCGAGGCAUCUGCAACUGCAGUUUCUGCAGAGCGCGAGAGGGACGCUGUGCCACUGGCGUGCUGGUUUACCUGGCCAAGUACCAUGGCUAUGACAAUGUCCAUUCCUACUUAAAAAGUCUGAGAAAGGCGCUGGAGGAAGAGGAGGACAAGUAAACGAUGAACGUCUCCCUGCUAAGUCUAGAUGGUUCAGUUCUCAACCACUGCUCAGUUAGAGAAAACAAAUGGAAUCACUCACUGUCUUAACCGCAUGUGCAAGUUGCACAAUGUAGACUGUUGGAAAUGGCCUACAAUCCAUGAAAUGUUUGAGCGUACAUUGUUUUAAAUGUAUAAAGUUUUCAAAGAAUGAAAUAAGAGAAGCCCUAGGGAAAGUGGUAACAAUCUGCUUUUGUACCUUUUGUUUUUCCAGUUUUGUUGUGCUUUACUCGAUUUCUUAUGCUGAUCUGUUUGUAAUGUGCAUUCAAAAAAGAAGAAUACCAAACAGAUUUUUUAAAAACUGUUCUUUUUAAGCAACCUGACAUGGAAAUGUUUUUCAUUUUUAACAUGUUGGUACUGUUCUUGUAAAACACACAGGUUCGCUGUUUUUUUUUCUUUUUUCUUCUUGCCGUUCAUAAUACAUUUCUCGUUCUCAAUGUUCCUCCGUUGAGUAGUUCCCCCUCCUGAUGCCCCUGAGGUGCUCCGGGUGGAGAGGGCAUCGUGAGUCUGGACCAUUACCCUUUCCCUCUAGUACCUCGAGGAGCCGCGUGAUAUACGACGGCGCCUGCUUGAAUCCUUCAUUAGAUAACUGUCACUAAUGGUGUGGAAACAAUUAGCAGUUCUCUAAUGGGAAUCUCGUACCUGUAAAUCAUUUUUUCCUAUUAAAGCACUUUUGCUCUCCUCUGCUCUGAUCUCUCUCCCCUUUUCCAUUUCUAGUGGUGCUUUGCGGUGUUCUACCAGGUGUCACUCAUGUGCCAAUGUGCCAAAGACUGCCUCAGAAAGGGUCUGCUCAAAUAUGGACAUUAUGUCCAUUUGGGUGUUGGAAUUGCAUGUUAAUGUGCUCAAUCUAGACCAGAAUGUCAUGGAGUAUGCCUGGCUCUUAUUGAUGUUUUGCCCUUGAGAAAAUGCCUCGCGUUUGACCUGUAUGAUUACAGCUGUACCUGCUUCAACCAACACAGGUUACCAGUGGGCAAUCGGAGUCUCUUAAAUAACGGCUAAGGUUAAAGGCUAAAGCACGAUUAUCUGCUCAUACAACAUUAUGUUCAUUAUUUUAUCCUUUAGGCCACAUAUGUGUUGUCAGUAUCCUACAUAAAGGAUGUAUUCUUUAUGCAAGUGAUUAUUACUAUGUACAUUAUAGAUAUGUAUAGACCUAACUGAAAUGUGCUGUUGAAAAUGUUUUUCGUUGGACAAUCUAGUUUAAUUUAGUAGACUAAGAUGUUGAGCAUGUUCCUAAUAGUGAGAGUUAAUACUUGUCAACGUUAUUUGCCCUUCAUGUCUGCAUGUGGCAGAGUGCAUCAUAUUGUUUAAAAAAAAAACAGUUUUCACUCCUUUUAUUUUGCUCUGUGAAUCUUUUGGUUCUGUGGGAAACGAAUGCUUCAAAAACUAUUAUUUGCAUAAUAAAGAUGCACUUGAAAA